AUGUCAGAUAGUAAAAAGAAUUACAACGAAUCUAAUGUACGAUAUAAAGUAAAAUAUUCAGGAAAAAUAUUUGGUAAUAAUAUGAAAAAAUUAAAUGAAAAUAAUAAUAAUGAUUUUACAACUGCUGAAGCAGCAUGGAUGGAAAAAAAAAAAAAAUUAUAUAAAGAUACCAAUAAUCAACCUUUAUGGGAUUUUCGAAAAAUUCAAAUAAAUCCAACAGAAACUGAUGAAUUAAUUAGUUUCCCUUCAAAUAAAAUAUCAUCAAAAAAUUAUGGGAAAUAUUCAUUUAUAUUUAAAGGAUUAUAUGAACAAUUUUUGAGAUUACCAAAUAUAUGGUUUUUAUUAAUUUCUUUAUUAGAAUUCAUCCCACAAUAUCAAAAUUUGAGUAAUUAUAUGUAUUAUUCCAAACAUUCUUCUUUUUUCUUGCUUUUGUUUUUUAUAUGUGUGUCUAUUAUAAAAAAUAUAUAUGAAGAUUCUAGAAGAUCUAAAAUAGAUUAUCAAAUAAAUAAUAGAUUAUGUCAUAUGUUAGAUGGACCAAAUUCACAAUUAAAAGCUGUACGAUGGAUGGAUUUAUCAGUUGGUAGUAUAAUUAGAUUAAUAGAAAAUGAACAAGUUCCUGCAGAUAUUCUUUUAUUAAGUUGUAAUAAUUCAGAAGGAGUUGUAUAUAUUGAAAGUUCAUUACUUAAUGGAGAAACUAAUUUAAAUAAAAAAUAUUGUGUAAAUGAAACAAGAAAUGAAAAUUCUAUUUAUGGAAUAAGUAAUAUUAGAGGAAGAAUAGUUUGUGAAAAACCUAAUAGUAAUAUGGAAUCAUUUAAUGGUUCUUUAAAAUUAGAUGCACAUCCUCGUGCUACUUCUUUAUCUAUUAAUAAUGUUAUAUUUAAAGGUUCUCAUAUUAAAAAUACAGAAUAUAUAUUUGGUGUUAUAUUAUAUACAGGUAAUGAUACAAAAAUUAUGAAAAAUAUAUCUAAUAAUAAACACAAAUUAGGAUAUGUAAAUAAAGAAUUAAAUUCUUAUACUAUUAUCGGUUUAAUAUUUACAUUUAUAUGUGUAUUUAUAUCUGUUUUGUUCAAAUGGACUGAAGACGAUAAAUUUAGAAAUGGUUCUCACUUUUUUUUAAUUACUGUUAAAGAUAAUAUAUGUGAAUCUAUAGUUAAAUACACAUUAUUAUAUUCUAAUAUUAUACCUAUUAGUAUAUUAAUAUCAGUAGAUUUGAUUUCUAUAUUGCAAAGUAUUCUAAUUGAAAAUGAUAAUCAUAUAAGUACAUUCGAAAAUGAUGAAACAUCAGAACCAUCUGUUAUUGAUGAUAUGGAUAAUGAAUUAGGUGAUUUUAAAAUGGAUAAAUCUCGUACCUUUUUUAAAAAAUAUACUUAUUUUUUAAAUAAUCGUAGUAAAAAUUUUACUAACAAUAGAUAUUCCUCUACAAAUACUGAAAGAGUAUCUGAUUUUAGAAAAAGUUUUUUAGGUACCUUUGAUAAAUUAAAAUCACUAAAAGGAUACUUUUAUAGUAUUAAAAGUAGAAUUAAUUCUAAAUCAAAGUCUAAUAAUGUUUAUAAUAAAAGUUCUGUAGUGGGUAGUAUACGUUCAGAUAAAAAUAAACAAACUACAUUUUCAAAAUCUUUCAUAAACAAUUUUCAGCCAACAAACUAUAAUGGGGAUUCCCAAAUGUUAGUUGAUAAUAAUAAUAAUGAUAAUAUUUGUCAAGAAGAAUAUCCAAAUGUAAAUAAUUCCAAAAAUGUUUGUGUGUCUGAAGAUGCAUCAAAUAAUAAAUACAUACAGAAUGAUUACCUACAAAAAAGUGAGGAACAAACUGAGGUUCAUUCAAUAAAUAAUAAUAAUUAUGAUAAUAAAAAUGAGAAUAAUUUCCAAAGUGAUUUUAGUAAUCAUAAUUAUAGAACCAAUGGAUAUAUAACUAAAAGAACUACAAAAGAAGAUAUAUAUAACAAUAAACAUAUAUCAUUAAAUAGUCGAAGUAAAUCUAAUCAAAAAGGAAUAUUAAUAAAUAGUAAUGACAUAAAUCGAAGAAAAAAAAAAAAUCUUGUCCAAAAAAUUUUCCCCUUUUUUCAAAAAAAAAAAACAAACAUCUCAGAAGAUGUAUCUAAAAGAGUUUUUAGAAGAAGUAAACAAUUAAAUAUAAAUCAUUACAAUAGUGAAAAAUAUAAUGAAAAUGAUAAUGAUGAAUAUGGAUGGGGAUUAUGUUUAAAUUCAAAUAUGCAUGGAGAUUUAGGAAAUGUAGAUUUCAUAUUUACAGAUAAAACAGGAACAUUAACAAACAAUAAUAUGACAUUUAAUAUGUGUUCUAUAGCAGGAAAAACAUAUGGAUCCAAAUGUAAAAAUAAAAAAAAAAUAUAUAAUGUCUCUAAAUCUAAUAAAGAUAAUAAACUGAGUUCUUAUGAUAAAAAUAUAUUUAAGAAGAAGUUUUCUUCUGAAGCAUCUAUAAAGAAAAUUUCAUUUCUUAUGGAUUUUUCAAAUAAUGUGAGUUCAAAAAAUGAUCUAACACUUGAUGAUCCCACUGAAUUAAUUUCUGACGGGGGAAAUAAUUACCUUAGGGAUAAUUAUGAACACACAUCUGAUAAAAACAAUGGUAACAACAGAAACAGAGAUAGUGAAAAUAACAGCAACAAUAAUAAUAAUAUUAAUAAUAAUAAUAAUAAUAAUAAUAACAAUGAUUAUAAUAUUAAUAAUGAUUAUAUUAAACAAAAUGGUGAAAGUAAUAUAUAUAAUAACCAGAAUGAUACAUUUAAUACACAAAACAAUAUCUAUGAUGCAAACAAUGAUAUAUAUUAUGAUCAAUAUAAUAAUGCGAAUGAAGCAAACAUAAAAAAUAAUAACGCAAAUCAUCAUACAAAUUCGAAAAGUAAUAAAAAGAAUUCUAUAAUCAACACAUCGGAUAUAUUAAAUAAUAAUAAUGAUCAAAAAAUAAAUAAUUUAAAAUACAAAUCUAGCUCUUCAUGGAAUAGUAAAGUAAAAAAAUCAAGUUAUAUCAAUUUGAAUUCAUAUAAUAAAUAUCAAUCCUUUCAAAAUUCGUCUAUUUUAUCUUCUUCUUUAUCAUCUACAUGUUCAUCAGAAACUGAAGAUGAAAACGUAUCACAAUUGAUGGAUUAUAGCUCCUCAAAUUAUGAUAAUGUAGAUAUAAAUAAUGAUAUGGAUAGUACUAAAACCUAUUCUCAUUAUACAGAACAAAAUUAUUAUAAUAGUUUAAAAGAUGAAAAUUUUGAAAUCAAAAAACAAAAACAAAAACAAACAAACAAACAAACUAAAAUUAUAGAACAAAAUCAAAAUGGUGAAUGGGAAGAUAAUAGAUAUACACAAGAAUCAAUAAAGAAUCAAUAUUUUUUUGAUAGGAAUUAUCAAAAUUUUUUGAUGAAACAAAAUUCUCCCAGACCCAAAAGUUUUAGAUUAAAUAUGAAUUCCAGUUCUGUUAAAGUAAGGUGUGAUUUUAAUGAUACAAAAAUAUAUAAUGAUUUAAAUUCUCAAAGUUGGAGAGGAUAUUACAUUGAUGAAUUUUUUAAAUGUAUGACUUUAUGUCAUGCUGUUACUCCAUUUAUACAAUUUGAUUAUAUAAGAAAUAAACAUUUAACAUAUACGAAUUCUAGAAGUUCCAAGGGAAUUUCUAAUAAUAUGGACAGAUACAAUAUAAACAACAACAAUAAUAAUUUUAACAAUAAUUUUAACAAUAAUAAUAAUAACAAACAGUUUUCUAAUGAUUAUAUGAAGAAUAAAAAUGAUAUGAUUUUCGAAUCAUCCACAGAUUAUCACGCUAACCAAGAUGACGCGAAAAGAAAAAGAGAAAAAACACUUUUUAAUAAUGUAAGUCAUUGUGGAGACAUGCAUGAAUAUAUGGAUAAUAAAAAAUAUAGAAUGAAAAGAAGCCAAACAUGCAGCAAUAAUAGAAAAAUAUUUUCUAAUCAAAGAACCCUACACGAUUAUACAUAUAGGAAUAAUAACGUGAAAAAUAAAAAUAGUUAUUUAAGAAAUAAAAUAAAAUCAAAAAUAUUCCUUGAUAAAAGUUAUCGAAAGAAAAAAAAAAGUUCUGUAACUUAUAAAGGAUCAGAUAUAUAUAAAGGACUUGAAAAAAAAGAAACUAGCAGAUGGAAAAGGUUAUUAUAUAUGAAAGGAAGUAACAAUAGAAAUAUAUUCUCAAGGAUAAAAGAUUUUAAAUCAAAUAGUAUAAUUUAUAAUAACCAGGAUAAAAGUAAUGAUUUUAAGAAUUAUUAUUUUAAUAGUAAUAAUAAUAAUAAUAAUAAUAGUGAAAAAAUUAACAGAUCAUUUAAUAAAAGACAUAGUGCUGUUUCUUUUAAGCAAAUAUCAAAAGAAAAAUUAAUACCUAUAAAUAAUCUUAUAAGUAAUAGAUAUGAUGAAGAAACAUAUCCCAACGAAGAGUCUUCUUUUAGUAAAAAAAAAAAGAAAAAUUCAGAAAUUGUAUCAUUUGCAAGUGGAAAGAGUGAUUUAGGAUUCGAAGAAAGAACAGAAUCACGAAUAGCAGAUAAAAAUAUGGAACUCUCUUAUAAUGAAUUAGAAAAAUAUAAAUACAUGAAACAUAUAGAUAGUAAUAAUAAAUAUAUUAAUAAUAAUAAUAACAGUAUGCAUAUGAGUCAUAUGAGUAGUAAUAAUAACAACUUUGAAUCACAUAUAUAUCUGGAUGCUAUAAAAUAUCAAUCGAGUUCAUUAGACGAAGAGUGCCUUAUAUAUAGUUCAAGUUUUUUAGGAUAUAGAUUAGUAUUAAGAAAUAAAAAUACCAUGUGUAUUGAGAUUGAUGGUUCAUUUAAUAAAUGGUCCAUUAUAGGUGUUAAUGAAUUUACAAAUAGAAGAGGGAAAAUGUCUAUUGUUGUAAAACCUGACUCAAUGGAAUAUGGAUCAAUAUUAUAUGUAAAAGGUUCGGAUUCAUCUAUUUUAUCCUUACUAAAUUUAAAAUAUAGUAAAUUUUUAGAUAGAAAAAUGUCAAGAAAGAGAAGAAAUAAAAACGUACAGAAAUAUAAACAAAAACAGGAAGAAUAUAAUGAAUUAAAAACUAAUGAUAUUAAUAUAGAAGAAUUCCAAAAAAGUAAAUCGCUCAGUUUGAAAAAUUUUAAGAAUAACAGACCGAAGGUUUUAUUUGGUGAAUAUACCCUAGAUAGUAAUAACAACAACAUAAACAAAAAUGAUAAAAAUAAUAGUAACCAUAAUAGUAAUAAUAAUAGUAAUUAUUAUUAUAAUUAUCAUUAUGAUUAUAAUAAUUUAGAUGCAAUGGAAAAUGAAAAAUACUCCUAUGCAUAUGAAGACAAAGAAGAUUGUUAUGAUACAAAUAAUGGUGAUAGUAUUAAAUAUAAAGAACGUUAUCGAAGAUUAGAAAAACAAUUACGUAAAUUUUCGGUGAAAGGAUUAAGAUCUAUGAUUUUUGCAUUUAGGUAUUUAAGUGAAGAAGAAACAAUUAGAUAUAAAAGAAUGUAUAAUGAUGCUUGUUCAUCUAUAUAUAAUAAACAAGAAAGAUUAGAAAAGGUUGCAGAGGAAUUUGAAAAGGAUUUAAUAUAUUUAGGAAUAACAGGUGUAAAAAAUGGUUUACAAGAAAAAGUACCAAAAACAAUUGAUAUAUUAAAUCAAUCAGGUAUACGAAUAUGGAUGUUAACUGGUGAUAAUGUUGAAUAUUCAUUACAUAUUUCAUUUUUAUGUAAAUUUUUAAAUAAACAUACGAAAAUAUUUCAUGCUAUGUUAGAAAAUACUAAUACGAAAAAAUUAAAAAGAGAAGGUAUGGCAUUAUAUGAAUUAUUUCAAUUGGAGAAAGAAGAAAAGAAACCAUAUGAAAAUUUAUGUUUAUUAGUUAAUGGUCGAAAUUUACAAACCUUCUUAAAUUAUACGGAUUUACAAACACACUUUUUAAAUAUGGCUUGUACAUGUGAUGUUGUUAUAGCUUGUCGAAUUACAGCAAAACAAAAAGCAUUUUUAGUACAGUUAAUAAAAAAUAGAUUAUAUCCAACUCCAAAUACAUUAGCUAUAGGAGAUGGUGCAAAUGAUAUAGCAAUGAUACAAGAAGCAAAUAUAGGUGUAAGUAUAAUGACAUCAGAUUGUAUUAUAUCUGCUGGAUAUUCAGAUUAUUGUAUAAAGAAAUUUUGUUAUUUAAGGAAAUUAUUAUUUAUAUAUGGAUCAAAACAUUUAUAUACUAUUAGUAUUAUAUUAUAUUGGAAUUUUUUUAAAAACAUACUUCUUAUAUUACCAAUUUUUUUUUAUCAAGCUUAUGCUUCUUGGAGUUGUGUAAAAAUUUAUCCAGAAUUAUUAUAUACCUUUUUUAGUAUAUUUUGGGUUUUUAUACCUAUAAUAUAUUAUAUGUUUUUACAACAUAAUUUAAAUUAUGAUAUUUUAUAUAAUAUACCAUUAUUUUAUGCCUUAAGUAGAAGAAAAUAUAAUAUGAAUUGUUUUAAAUUCUUACCAUGGAUUUUUGAAGCCAUAUUUUAUUCAAUGAUUAUAUACUUUUUUGCAUAUGCAGCACUUAAAGAAAAUUCUCAUUUGAAUAAUGGUGAAGUUAUUACAAUUAAUACAUUUGGCAAUAUAUGUUUUAUAGGAUGUCUAUUGAUUUCAAUAUUACGAUUAUUUUUAGAAGGAUCCUUAUGGUCUCCAUCUAUACUUAUAACAUGUUUCGGUUGCUUUUUAUUUGUUUUUUUCCCAUCUAUUCUUUUUAUAUGUUUUGCAUAUUUAUCAAAUGAAUAUAUAAGAGAAGUUUUCAGACAAACAUUUUUGUGGGCUCCUUUAUAUGUACUAUUAAUAUUAUGGUUUAGUACGUGUAUUAUUUCAUAUAUGUUUAUUAAUUUUACAAAAUCCAUAUUAUUUCCAAAUAUAUAUAAUGUUGUAAAUCAUUGGUUAUUUGAACAAUAUCAAGAAAAACAUAAUAAAAAUAAAUACAUUUUCUCCAUGUCUGGUAAGAAUAAAUUUAUAAAAUUGAGAAAAUUUGGAAAAAAACUAAAAUAUAAAUUUAAAAGAAAUUAUAGUAAGAAAUAUGAUACGAAUGUGGUAAGACAAAAUACUUUGGAUCAUCAUUCUUUUAAAUCUGUACAGGAUCAGAGUAAAUGCAAUGAGCAAUUUAUGAAGGAACCUUUUUUUUCUAAUUCUUUGCUAAAGUCAAAGAAUUGUAAAUUUGAAAAGGAUCCUUCUUAUAGUAAAUCAAAUAUUCAUAUGGAUGAAGAGCAAAAGUAUAAAGGAUUAAAAGUUGUGUUAUCAGAGCAAGUUGUUCAUGCGAAGGAAAAUUUAGUUUCCUUUAAGAAUGAAAAAAAAAAAAAAAAAAACAAUAAAAUUACAAGCAUGAAUGUAAAUGAGAGAAUAAUUAAAAAUAAUAAUAAUAUAAAAAAUAAUGAUGAUAAUAAUAAUAAUAAUAUUCAAAAUAAUGAUCAUAAGAAAAACGAAUUUAAUGAUAACCAUACUCAAUACAAUAAUAAUAAUAAUAUAUUUAAUCAUAAACAAGUUGAUCAAAAUAAUCUCUCCAUUAAGAACCAAAACAAUAUUAGGUUAAAUAAAAAUGAAACGGAUUAUAUAAAACAGAGUGAAGAAGAUUAUGAAAUCAAUCCUAAUAUUACUUCUUUAAGAAAAAGAGAAUGUAUAAAUGAUGCAAAAUAUAUUGAUAAUAAAUCAUAUGACAAUAAAAUAUCCAGCCACCAUGAUGAAAAAGAUGGGUUUAAAAGUGAUGAUAGGAGUUUAAUUAAUAGUAAUAUAAUGGAUUAUAAAAACGAAUUCACAGAAAAUGAUACAACAUAUAGUUUUAACGAUAGUCAUAUGUUUUAUGAUAUACCAUCAAAUUCUAAGGUAACAAAAGAUUAUAAAGUAAUUAAUUCCAGAAUAGAUGAAUCUAUAAUGGCUGAUAUGAAAAACUGUUUAAAUCCAUUGAAAAAUACAUUUUUAGUAGAUUUAUUACCACCUGGAAAAAGAUUCAGAAUAAAUGAAGAACAUAUAUAUUUUAAAAAUAAUGAACGUAUGGAAAAUAUACCUGAAGCUUUAGAUGUCAAUAAAAAAUAUUAUCAUAUAAUUCAAAAUAGAGCUGAAUAUUAUGAUAAUGAUUCACUUUCGGAAUUUUCCUAUACUAGUUCAAAUAGUUCAAUUAAUAAUAAAAAGAAAAAUGAAAAUACCCAAAAAGAAAUUGUUAAAGUCAGUCAUUUGAUUAAUAGAUUUACAUUGGCAUUUAAAGAUAUGCAAUUAGAAUCAGGAUUUCAAAUACAUAAAAAAAAUAAAUUUUAUAAAACAUUUACACCUUGGUAUCGUUUUAUAUUUUUAUUAUUAGGAGUAUUCUUUUUAUAUGUUUGGAAAUUAGAAUCAUCUUUGAGCCAAUUAUGGAAUAUGCCAUCAGAUGCAUCUACUGAUUUAUUUAUAUUAUUCUUAUCACUUUUAUUAGAAUUAGUUUUAUUAGCUGCUACUGUUACAACAUUUUUCCCUAAUAUAUUUAUAGAAAAUUUUAAUAAAAUUAUUAGUGCUGUCGUUAUAUUAAUAAUAACUUACCAUGUGGUUAGCUAUUCCGUAACACAUAUCGAUGGAGUAUUUCAAGCAGUUCUAUUUCCAUUAUAUACUUUUGUUAUAUUAAGAUUACCUUUUGUGAAUGCCGUUUUAUGUAAUAUUAUAUUUUUAGGCUUAUUCAUUAUACGAUUUAAUGGUGAUCAUUUUUUAGAUAAAAAAGGGUUAGCACAUUAUAUACCCCUAUUUAUUGGUGUUGAUGUUUUUGUUGGCUUUGUCGGUUAUCGAUUAGAGUAUAAUCAAAGAAAAAAUUUCUUAUUGGAAUAUUCAGUAGAAUCAUCAAGAAGAAAACAAAGAGAAAUUUUAAAUACAAUGUUACCCCCUUUUGUUGUUGACGAAAUGAUAUAUUCAGAAUUAAAUGAAGAAGGUAUCCCUAUUUCAUUAAAAGCAGAGGAUAUUAGUACUGUCACCAUAAUUUUUUGUGAUAUAUAUGAUUUUCAAAAUAUUGUGGCCAGUAUUGAACCUACUCGUCUAGUGGAAGUAUUAGACAGAUUAUUUUUAUGUUUUGAUAAAUGCACUGAACAAUUUAAUUGUACAAAAAUUGAAACAGUUUUUGAAACAUAUUUGGCAGCUUGUGGUUUGGUAAAAAGAGAAAAGGACGAAGACGAGUUGGAAAAUAAUACAUAUAGUAAUAAUAAUAAUGAUAAUAUAAAUAAUGAUAAUUAUAAUAGUAAAAGGAGAAAAAAUAAAAAUAACAACAACAACAACAAUAAUAAUAAUAAUAAUAUUAAUACUUCUGAUGAUGAUGGUGAUUUUUUUGAUGAAGAUGAUACUAAUAAUCAACAUGUGUAUACCCAAAUGAAAGGUCAAGAAGAUGCACAUGAUUCUAUAGAUUUUGCUUUGUCCAUUCUUCAUGUAAGUAGUCAUAUUAAAUAUGAAAAUUCCAAAAUGAUGUUAAAGAAAAAUGAUUCAUUUGAUGAUACUAAUGAUGAUACACAUAAUGUAAAUGACUCAUUCAAUAAAGAGGAAAAUGAAAAUGAUAAUACUAAUAAUGAUAAUAACAAACCAACAAGUAUACGAGUCAAAGUAGGUAUACAUUCAGGACGAAUUAUUGCAGGUGUUGUUGGUUCAAAGAAACCACAAUAUGCCCUUUUUGGUGAUACUGUUAAUACAGCUUCAAGAAUGAAAACCACAGGUAAACCUGAUUAUAUACAUAUAUCUGAAGCUACGUAUAAUUUAGUUAAAGAUGAUAAAACAUUAAUAUAUGAAAAGAAAGAAACAGAAAUCAAAGGAAAAGGUAUCAUGACAACCUACCUAUUGACAUCAGUGAUUGGUUUAAAUUAUCCAUUUGUUCGUGACGAUGUAGAACAAAAAGGUCAUUUUAUAUCAGAAUUAUAUGAAGAUGAUUUAAGUAAUAAUCUAAAUUAUGAUAAGACUCAAAAUAUUAUUGGUUUUUAUUCAAAUAAAAUUAAUCAAAAUAAUGAUGGUAAUAUAAAUGAAGGUAUAAUAAAUAAUAAUAUGAAUACAUUUAAUACAAUCGAUGGAGAUACUAAUAAUUAUUAUGUAAAUCUUAAAGAUUUAUCUUUAAAUGAUUUACCUAAUGAAUAUAUUAAAGAUGUGAAUACACAUUAUUGUGAAAUUAUAAAAUUAAGAAACCUCAAAAUAGGAACAGCUGUGGGAUAUCAAUUAAAACAAAAAGAUAUUUAUAAUAUGACAUUUUUAAAUAAUGGACUUAAUAAUGAUACAGGAACAAAUUUUAAUCCAUAUAUUGAAAGUCAUAAAGAUUUUGAUGAUAUAAAAGAUCUACGUAUUGGAAUGAAUAAACUUUCUAUAAGUGAUUCAUUAUAUUAUUUGAAUGAAAAUGUAAUAAGAAAUGAACCAACAAAUGAAUACAAAAAUAAAGUAAAAAUAAAAAGUGUAAAUACAAAUAAGAGAGGCUAUGAAUAUGGACAUUUAAACGAAGGAAAUAUUAUAAAUCCUAAUAAUGAUUACCCUAACGGACAAAUGGUUGAAGAAGAUGAUGAUUUAUUAUUAAAUAAUCAUCAUAAUAAGACAAAUGUAAAUAAUAAUAUAUAUGAUGUAAGUAAAGAACUAAUUGAACAUAAUGAAGAAGAUUACAAAAACAUAUUAAUGUGUUCAAAAAAGUGUGAAAAUUGCAAUGAAAAUUAUUGUACUCCAAAUGAUUGUAAUAAUCAUGAUCAUGUAUAUCAUGUAAUGUAUCAUAGAAAGUUGAGUAAUAUAAAAAAAAAUUAUUUGAAAAAUAUAAGAAAAGAUGCAAAUAUUAAAAAGGAUAUAGAAAAAGAAGAAUUAAGUAAGAUACAUUCAAAUAAAAAAUCAUUUAAUUUUUUUUAUUUAUUUUCUUAUAUAUUGAAUAUUUUCCCAUUUAUCGGAAAAAUAAAUAAAGAAGAAAAUAAUAAAUCAUAUAAAAAAGGAGAACAAGAUAAAUCAUCUAAAAGAAUAAUUGCUUUAAAUAGUGAAUGGAUAUUCUUAAAAUUUAGUGAUAAAAAUUUAGAAGCAAAAUAUAGAGCACAUUUUUAUAGUAACAAAUCUAAUAUCAAUUCAAUUGAACAAGCCUUAAUUAUAUUUUUAGUUACAUUUGUUAUGCAGACUUUAAUAUCUAGUACUGUAUCUAUAGUAUUUGUUGAUCAUAAAAGAGCAACACAAACAUUACAUAUAAACUAUUUUGCUUAUUGGUCAGUUCGAUCAGUAUAUACAUUUUUUGGAUUUGUGUUAUGGCUUUUAUUUCAUUAUAGAACACGGCCUGAAGUAUCAUCUUUAUUAAACAUAAAAUGGAUGAUAUUCUUCUUAAAUUUAUUAUUCAUAUCAGCUGCUUGUGUAUUUUCAAUAGCAUAUUUAUGGGCUAUAUCAGAAACAGAUCAGACAACAUCAUAUACCAUAUGGAUGACAAAUGAUACUAUUGAAUUUUUUUUUUAUUUAGUUAUAUUACAUCAUAAUACAGGAAUGUUAUUCCAAACGUGUAUCUUAGUAGAUUUGUUAUUUAUUACUAUGUCAUUAACAUUUAUAGCAACUAGUGUUGUAAAAACAAUAACAACUGAUUCGACUGUGUUAUUAAUACCUUGGUAUGUAGCUUUUAAUUUAAUUUCCACCUAUUGUAAAGAAUCAAUAGAUAGACGAACUUUUUAUGCAAAUGAAAGUGCAAAGAAAACAGAAAAUCGAGCAACAGAACUUUUAAAUGAUAUGUUACCCAAACAUGUAUUAGAAGAAUUUCAACAAGAUAAAUUAAAAUUAGCAUAUACACAUGAUAGAUUGACAUUUCUUUUUGCUGAUAUUUGUGGAUUUACAUCGUGGGCAAAUGGUGUGGAUGCAUCUGAAGUUUUAACAUUGUUACAAAAGUUAUUUGCAAAAUUUGAUAACGAUAGUACAAAAUAUGGAUUAUAUAAAUUAUGUACUAUUGGGGAUGCUUAUGUAGCUAUUAGUGAACCUGUUACUGAAGAUAAUAAGGAUUAUGAUCCAGUUGAUGGUACUGAACGUGUUUUAGAAAUGGCCUACUCUAUGAUUAGAAUUAUUAAAGAAAUAAGAGAAAAAUUAUUUAUUCCAAAUUUAAAUAUGAGAAUUGGAUUACAUUAUGGUUCAUGUGUAGGUGGUGUUAUUGGUUCAGGGAGAUUAAGAUAUGAUCUUUGGGGUAUUGAUGUAUUAACAGGAAAUUUAAUGGAAAGUAAUGGUAUACCUGGAAAAAUUAAUGUAUCUGAAACACUUAAAAAUUUCUUAUUACAACAAUUUAAAAAUAGAUUCAUUUUUAAACCACAUACAACAAUUAGGGUUAUAUACAAAGAUGUCAAAUGUUUUAUUAUUACAGAUAAAAAAGAAGUAGAAUCCUCAAACAACUCGAAAUUAUUACAAAAUAAAAACUAUCUACUUAAUAAAAAAUUUAGCACACAAAAUUAUUUAGUCAAAAAUAUAUUUGCCAAGAAAAAACACUCAAGUAUCUCUUCUAAGAAUAUUCAUUCGUAUGAUGAAAAAAAAAAGAAGAAAAAAAAUGAUUUAUUCUAUAUAAAUGUGAACGAUCCCCAGUCAAAUUGUUAA